CAGGUGACGGCUGCGUCAGUGGAUUUGCUCUCCAGCGCUGAUCUGUAGUUUCAUCUAAAGUUUUAAAAUGUACGGACACAACCAAGGAAACCAGUACCCUCCUGGUUACCCGAACAAUCCUCAGCAGAUGCCAGGGGGAUACCCUCACUAUCCUCCUGGCACUGUUCCACCACCAAACUACCCUCCUCAGCCCCACGGUCCACCUGGAGGCAACCAUGGGUACGGACCUGGACCUGGACCUGGACCUAGUUGUGGUCAAGGUCAAGGACAUGGACAUGGACAAGGACAAGGACAAGGGCAUGGCCAUGGUCAUGGGCAUGGACAUGGGCAUGGGCAUGGAGAGGGCCACGGAAAAUGCCAUGGACAGGGCCACGGACAUGGGCACAAGCACAAGCACAAGCAUGGUCACAAGCAUGACCACUGUCACAAGAAAGGAAAGAACUCUCAUGGGUCCUCCAGCAGCUCCUGCAGCAGCGACUCUGACUAGAUGAAGAUUCCCGGAUGAGAAGAGAAACAAGUCGGCCCCUGGGAACAUUCAUCCUGCUACCAUAUGCUCUAAUCAAUAUUUUACUAUAUUUUUGCAAAUUGUUUACCCAAAUCAGGCUUUUGUCAAAACAUAUUAAAUGAAAACUAAUUUAGUUUUCACAUAUCAAGUGAAGAUGGAGAUGGAUGGAUAUUCACUCACAGCUUUUCAAUCUCCCAAAGGCAUCCAACAUCCAACAAUUCUGGAUGUUUAAAAUUAUUCUAGAUCAGCCAUGACAUGACCUGUUGAUGUGGUAUGAUGUAGUAUAAGGCAUGUAUCCAUGAUUGUGAGAAAAAAAAAAUGCUUUCUGUGCAUGAUAAAUGCUAGUAAAUUAAUAACAUAAUAA